AUGGCAAACGAACGAUGGCACACCGCAAAGUGUCGUGUGCUCGUGGUCGUGUCGAUAACGCUCACCCUGCUGGUAACGCUCGUCGUGACGCUGUCAUCGGGCGGCACGUUGGCACAUCGCGACGCAGCUCACGAUGAUUCACUGCCCGAGUGUACGGUGGCCUUCGAUCGUGGUCUUGCCGUUGGUACGCGGCGUCAAACGUACGGCGGGAAGACGUACUGUGCCUACGAGGGCAUACCGUAUGCCCAGCCUCCGGUCGGUAAACUACGAUUUGAGGAUCCACAGCCCUACCACUUCGAGGGGGCUCGGCUGUUUCGGAACGUCUCAAGCGCGUGCCCCCAAGCGUACGAAGCACCCGCGCAUUUGGAUAAGCUGCAAACGAGUGAGGAUUGUUUGUAUUUGAACGUUUACACUGGGACCGAUGGGACAGCCGGUGCGCUGUGGCCGGUGCUGCUCUGGAUUCAUGGUGGAUCGUUCGUGGUGGGAUCGUCCGAGACGGACAUCUUUGGGCCGGAGUUCCUGGUGGAGAAGGGCAUCAUCGUGGUAACAUUCAACUAUCGCUUGGCUGCGCUCGGGUUCCUCUCACUUCCGGACCUCGGCAUUAAUGCGAAUCUCGGCCUGCUGGAUCAGCUCGAGGCACUGCGUUGGACCGCUCGCCAUGCCAUCCAUUUCGGGGGCGAUGCGGCACGGGUCACCCUGUGCGGGUGGAGUGCCGGUGCCGCCUCGGUGACGUACCAUCUCUACUCACCGGCCGCCAAGGGCCUGUUCCACAAUGCGAUCAUCAUGAGCGGCAGCAUGACGCAAUCCUGGGCGUACGCUUUCGAUCCGAACCGGUGCGGGCGCGAGUACCUGCGGACACAUGACGCCACCAGCCGCGACCAGCUACAGUCCCGUCCGCUCGCCCAGCUAAUGUCCAUGGAUCGGCGGUUUCACAUAAAUUUCUUCUCCCUGUACUACUACUGCUUCCUGCCGACCGAUGACAGUUAUCGGCCGGAGCCGGACUUACGGAUCGUUGGACGGGAUCCGUUCGCCCGGGUACGCACCGGACCACCGGAAAGCGAUGUCCCGCUGCUGGUCGGUUACACAACGCUCGAGCACGGUAAUCUUUUUCUCGAGCGUGACUUCUCGCACACCUCGCCCAACUUCCCGAACGACAAUGUCACCGUUCACGCGCUGCUGGAAGAUUACCUCGACCGGCGGGUGCAGUCCAACAGGUCCACGACGAGGCGUCGCUUCUACCAGGAGCUAGCAUCGGUGGCGGACAUUAUCUACGGCAUACAGUACUUCACCCGCCACGCAGCGGCCCAUCAACGGGCGCCACUGUAUCGGUAUCUGUUCGCGUACGAUGGUGCGUUCGGGUACGCGAAACACUGGUACUACCGGAACGAGAUAGUGCGCCCGGAUUUGCCCGGACCGAUGCACGGUGACGAGCUGGGUUAUCUGUUCACACCUUACAUCUACCGCGGGCGACGGUGGCAGGAUAUCGAUGGGAAAGCGUAUCGAACGGAACGCCGCGUUCAGCGCCGGAUGCUACGCCUGUGGUGCAACUUUAUCAAAUAUGGAAAUCCGACCCCAGCAGCCCCGACGGCUGGCAAUGGGACGAAUGGGCGGCGGGCGGUUCGAUGGUAUCCUUACAAUGAUCCGAUUCCGGAACGGGCACACCACUAUCUGCGGAUCGAUCGGCGGAUUCAGCUGCUGCCGGAAACGGAUGGCGAAAACCCGUUCCAUCAGGUUUGGGAGCGCGUGUUCCGGUGUCUGUACGAGUUCGAUUGUGAAUUCUUAAGUACCGACAAACAGCCGGAGGAUGUUUGAUAGUGAGUGCGUGUCACGACUUAUGCGUGUGCGAGCGAGCGAGGGACACGGUAUGGAUGUUAGUGAUGUGAAAAACAAACCCACAAUCUCCAUUCCAUCGCCGGGCAUGUUAAGCGUGAUAAAGAAGGGCGUGUAUGAAGGGCCUUUUGUCGAUCGAUCGGGCCCCCCCCCCAACAAAAAGGACGCUAUGCGAAAGGGAUCUUUUAUGCUGUCCGGAAUUAGGAUAAUGCGUGCUUUGUGUUCCUGCUUCCCUUUAUAAUCCUCUCGCCACAGCUUACCCCAUUUUCCGCAAUAACUUCAGGUGAAAACAUCUAAAAAAGCGGAAAAGCCGAUCAUGACAAUGAAAUGGUAGCCCGUGCCGGUUGUAUAGGUUGAGUUCCUUAGGAUGAUGUAGUCAAAAUAUAGGUAAGAGACAUGCUGCAAUUCCAAUAUGAAUGUGAUGCUUUCUUUAUUGUGACUUUCUUUUCAACAUUGUAAAGGAGAUUGAGCAUCAACAAAAAUGGUAGCUUGCAUAGCUAUCAUUUGCGACUUCUAUUUAUGUAGUUUGA